UUAGGUCAUUUUAAUUUUUUGUCACCGUGGUUUAUGCCUUGAAAGAUAUAAAUCGGAUGAGCAAAACACAAUUAUUUCUGAACUUUUUGUUUACUCUGCUACUAAUCGAUUCGUUUUCGGCUAAAAAUGACUCUUCGAUUGAUGUGAAAUCUUCAUUGGUUCAAACUAUUGUGAACGGCGUUACGCCAGCUGGAAACUUAUUCUUCGUCCGCAUUCAGAAGGUGAACAACAGUGAACGAAGCUGUGCAGGUGCGAUUGUGGAUGAAAGAUGGGUAGUGACGUCAGCACUAUGCAUCUCUCAUGAGUCUGGUCAAGCUACACUGCCAGCUGAAUUAAGGAUCCUGGUUCGAAUGGUUGACACGAGUUCGAGGGGAGGCAAAAGAAUCAAGGCUACCGAUAUUGUUAUACCAGCUAAUUUCAACCAAAGCCUGCAUCAGAACGACUUGGCUUUGAUCAGACUUCAACGUAGCGUGCCGAAGUUCCGCAUUCUUGAGAUAUGUCAGAACUAUCCAGCUUCUUUCGACACGCUCGUCAUAGCAGUGGGACAUGGAUCUAUCGCUCGAGGUCGCUUCAAACCUUCUGGUUUUCUUCGAGAAAUAAAACUCAAAAUAUCUCCAUUCCAGACAAUUGAUUCAUGGCUGCAGUUUGAUGUUUGUCCCAUGAAUCUAGUCUGCACCGAGACUUUUACUGAAGAUUCUGGUUUAUGUUACAAUGAUGAUGGCAGUCCAUUGUUUCUCAGAGGAUGUUUUUCUCAAAGACCUCUCUGUCUUCUGGGAAUCGCAACCCCGACUUUGAAAGAUGAGAGUCCGUUGAGAGACUGCAAAGGUCAAGCAGAUUUCACUAGUAUUCCUUAUUUUCAUGAUUGGAUAUUCACAAGGAUUGCGUUGAACAUGGACUGAUUGGGCGAAAAGCUGAAGAGUUCGAGUAUGGAGUUCAUUUUAAUUUGUUUAAUUUUUUUAUAACUUAACAUCAGUUUUAUAAUACUCCCAUGUAACAAAAAAAUCAUAGUAUUUAGUAAGUUUUGAGUGUUUCUUAAAAUGUGAAGUUUAACCAAAUUCAUUUGACA